AUGGUAAUUAUUUAUUUAAGAUUAUUAACUAAAAUAAUUUUAAGCAAGUUUGACGACAAUCAAAUUGAAAACAGUUUUAAUAAAAACAAAAUUAUUAAAAAGAUUAAAUUAAUCGAAAAUGAAAAUAAUGAUUAUAUUAUGAAAGAAUUUGAAUUAGAUAUUGAUACAAAUUCUGAAAAACGCGCUCAGAAAAGCAAGGAAAACGUUCAGUCAAGAAGCGAAGAAGUUAAUCUUGAAAGCGAUAGAAAGGAAAAGACAGAAGGUGGGAGGAAGACGAGCAAUAAUGGGUCAUACUCUCAAUAA